AUUGCUUCAUUCCUGGUUGACGGUUCUGUGCAGUUUCUCUGGACUCAUUUCGUCCUGCAACUAACCAACACCUGGAUCUCUUGCGUAACCGCCACUGUCCUAUGGAGCCGUGCAUGUGAAGUGCGUGACGCAGCAAGUCUGGGAAAAGUCGCAGUGAGUGCUGCAGUGAGGUCCCGCUCCAGAACACACCCUGCUGCAUUCUGCAGAGCAAUCGCCAUCAGCGCACCUCCGCUGGACGCACAGCUGCGAGGAAGACGGACGGAACCGGACCGAGUACUGCGGCGAGACUGGACCGGCGAAAGGAUGGCUCAAACUGACAAGGAUCUGAUACGGGACACAGACACCCUCUCUGAGGGCCAGCUGCAGUUCCACCUCAAAAUGGAGCCCAAGACUCUGGGGGCCAUCCAAAUUGUUAUUGGGGCCUUAAUCCUUUGCCUGAGUAUCUCUGUGCUCCACAUUCACGAGGUCCACUACAAGAGAGACGUGGCCCUCGUUUUGGUCGUCGUCAUUCAGGUGACCUCGUCUGGGUCGGUGUUGAUCCACAGCAGCAGGAAUCCGUCUCUGUUUUGGGUGAAAUGUGUUCUGGUGCUCCAUCUAAUCAGUGCUGCAUUGGCCACUGCUGCUCUGGGUCUCAUGUCCACCCACCUGCCGUACCGACAGGACUCGUACCACUGUGAACACUGCCGCAGACUGGAGCUGCACGCUGUGCAACAUUGUUUCAGAAAAUGCACCGGGCUGAUCGAGCAAAAAUGUAAACUUCUGAUUGACGGCAUACUGGGAACGUUGGUGAUCUUUCUGGUGCUGGAACUGCUGAUCUGCAUUACCACUAUGCUGUUUGAACUCAGUGUCUUAGCUGCAGGUGGCAAACAGCGGACUUCAAGCCAUAGACCCACCUACCCACAGACUCGACCCCCAGCAGCUCCAGUCGUGCCAGUUGUUCAGACCAUGGUGGCAGAAGCUGAGCCAUCCCAGGUGGCUGUCGUGGUGACUGAGGUUGAUCCAGAGCAAAUAGAGGACAUCUCCACGCCACUAACUGAACCCCAAGUGGAGCCGAUAGAAACUGUCAUCAGAGAGUAAAAGUGGAUGUAAUCAGGGGGGACAAAAAAAAUCACUGAAUUUUUCUAAUAGCUUAAAUUGGACUCUUGUUUGUGAAAGGAAGCAACUAUAGGAAGCAACAUUCUGAGGCAUUUUUCACACAUUGAGUCUGUUCACUGUUGUGGUGAUUCACAGACCUCUCCUUAAAGAAAAAGAAGCAGAAGUGGGGAAGUUUGUUGUAUACACUUAUGUGAAUAUUGACUGUUUCAGUCAUAUCUCUGUUUAUGGCAAUAAAAAUGACUGUAAUAGGAGUAAGUAUUAUGCAAAUCCAGCUUCAGACAGGUAUUUUUCUUUUUCGCCUGAUCCCUUCAGGGAGUGAAUAAUUUUCACAGCAAAUCACUUAAUAAUAAAUGUAACUGACAAAAAAAUACUAUAACAACACACUGUAGCUUAUGGGGAUCCAGAAGCUUAGAGAUUCACUAACACAACCAUCACUGAGUGUUAACCUUUUGUUUAAAGCUAUCCAUCUGUCACAUAAGCAGGUUCAAUGGCCUGGGAUUGGACAGCACCGUUCCAAAUCAAUAAUGCCAGUGCCUGUUCCUCUGAUGUUAGAACACAAAUGAACACUCCUAACCGAGCCAAACUCGACCAAAUGUUGGACUUUAUGUUUAUUUGUUGACGAUCCCUUUUUUUGAUUGUUCACUUGUGCUGUAAAAUUUGAUAAAAGCCAGACAAACACAAACAAACUCUCCUUUUUUACAUGUCGAGCUAAAGAGCGCUAAAUAAAAAAAAGUUGUCAUCA